AUGGCGGCGACCGCCCUCCUCGCCCUUCUCUCGAUCGCCCUCCACAAUGCAGGGGCAGUGACGAUCGCGAUCAACAACUCGUGCCCAUUCCCAGUGUGGCCGGGGUGGAUCAGCGGCGAGGGCGGCGAGCUCCCCCAGCUGGGCGCCCAGCUGGAGUCCAUGCAGUCCAUGCAGCUCGACGUACCGCGCGGCUGGGGCGGCCGCUUCUGGGGCCGCACGGGCUGCCUCUUCGACACCGCCACCGGCCGCGGUACGUGCCAGACGGGCGACUGCGGCAACUCCCUCGCCUGCGGUGCCGCCGGCGGCAUACCGCCCGUGACGCUCACCGAGUUCAAGCUCAACGGCUACGACGCCCGCGACUUUUACGACGUCUCUCUCGUGGAUGGCUACAAUCUCCCCGUCCGCGUCACGCCCUCGGACGCGCGCUGCCCCGCGGUGGGCUGCCACAGCGACGUCAACGCCAAUUGCCCGCGCGAGCUCCAGGUGGCGAUCCAUGGCCGCGUCGUCGGCUGCAAGAGCGCUUGCGAGGCGUUCCAGACGGAUGCGUUUUGCUGCCGCGGCGCGCACAGCCAGUCCCAGUCGUGCUCGCCCACGCAGUACUCGCGGAUCUUCAAGCAGCACUGCCCCCAGGCCUACAGCUACGCGUAUGACGACCUGAGCAGCACUUUCACCUGCGCGUCCGGGGCUGGAUACGCCAUCGAGUUCUGCCCCGGCGGCGCGGGAGCCCAGCAGCAGCGGCGCCGCCCGCCCCGCCGCCAUGGUUUGGAAGAUAUAGUACUUAAUGCUGCUGGUCAUGGUGGUCAUGGUCGUGUUGUGAAUAGCUCCCGUGAUGGCGCUCGUUACCACCGCCGCCAGGGUCACCACCACCACCAACGGUAA